AUGCCGAUCACUGGACAUCCUGUACAUCCCACCGGCACCCAGGUCGUAGCUCACUUAGAACGCCUUGCUGCUGCCGCGGGAGCAAACGGUCUUCACACUCCCAGCCACACGCAAAACACGAGUCACACGCAAAACAUGAGUGCCCUCACCCAACGUGCCAGUACUAAUACUACUGAGGUGCCAUCGACUGCCACAGCCAAGCCUCCUCGCAAACGCAACAAGACCAAGGGUAAAAACAAACGCAACAAACGCAAGCGAGGAGACAAUGGCUCCGGUUCCGAAACCGAAGAUGAGCCAAUAUUUGACCCAGCCAAUUUGAAAAACUCCGACAAGACCGCGCUUCAGCUUCGUUACUUAGCAGAGAAGCAUUCCACGUCGGGAAUGUCAGAUGAAAUACUCGAGUCUGUACUUGACUUCCAUGAAGAAAUGCAAACUUUGAUUGCAAUCAAAGCCCUCGAACUUGGUACCACUGUCUCGGCCAUCGAAGCAGUUUUUGGAAAGUAUAUUGGCGUUCGUCGCCCUUUGCGAUGGAACCGACUCUUACAAAGCCCAAGAGCCAGGGCCAUAUUCAAAGAAGGUGUGUGA